AAAAUUGUUAAAAAUGAAAAAUGCUCUUUUCUUGGUCUAAUUCAACUCUCGAGGGCAGGUAACACUGGCAAUUGUUAUUGUUUUGGAAACAUGGCCGAAUCGCAUCUUCAGGUAAAAUUGGAGCAGCAAAACAUCAAGGAACGUCUAAAUCUGCAUGUCAAGCGACGGCUGCAACAGGAUUCAGAGGCUCCCAUUGAAAGUCCGGAACUAUUGCCCGGAGAUCCAAGCAUGGCCACUAGUUCGAAGCGCAGCAAGGGAAAAGAGGUUCCAAAACAACGAAAGCCAUAUCAAAAACGGACGGAAAAGGCCAAGACGGAGACUGCUAAGUUCAAGAAGACUGGACAACUUGGCAGUCCCGCGGCUGAGAUUGAGCCCUUGGACGACCAGGACCCGGACGGCUGUUCUCCAGAGGCCCCGGAUAUGAAAUCCUCAAGCAGGGAUCGCUUCAAAAACGCCGAUAUACUCAAUAUGGUGUUGAGCGUUAAAAAAAGGGCUCUGAUGCAGGACCCCGAGGUUCAGGCAUUUUGGUCCCAAAUAAUGACGGCUAUAAAGAGUUGAUGCUGUUUUUUGACUAGGUUAAAUUAGGUUUUAUGUUGGUUAAUAAAAAGGUAUUACUAAUAUCUUCA